AUGUCCCCCAGUCUAGCCAGGGAAGUGCUGGCAGUGCACGCACCAGUGAACAACCACGACAUGGUUGGAUAUUUCAUGCGAAACGUAUGGGAUGACAAGGGUGCCAUCGCGGCCAUGGAUCAGAAUGUGCUCUGGGGGAGAAUCCAUCGUGCAGUCUACCAGCUCAAUCGGGAACCCUUUCUCUCGCAGGCCGGUCACGUUGUGACUACGAAUAUCGAGAAAGAAACACUACGCCUGGUGUCUUCUAAGGUUCCGGUGUCCACUUUAAAGAGGCAGCAGAGAGCAGCCGUUGUGGUUCACAGUCCAACGGAGUACGAGGCCUCUUUCUUCCCCUUGAUCCGCCAUUUCGUGGCUGAUAUGGUCCUGCCGGCUCUCUAUGGCGCGGGAUUCAUGGAAAAAUACCCCGACAUUGCAGCUGACUUGUUCCAAUUUGACUCCAACUUUGAUUUGUUCCUCAUGGGUCUCCCUCCCUGGAUGCCUUUGCCAGGCCUGCGAGAGAGCGCCGCGGCUCGGGACCGCGUGAAAAAGGCAAUGGAAGAUCUCCACGACGCUAUUAAAAAUAUAGAAGCUGCAGGUCACCGGAAUGACGUUGAUGUCAGCAGCGUCAUGAAGGAGCGCGUCCGACUGUGGGAGGAGGCCGUUGGGGGUUCGUCCUGCAGUAAAGAGGCAUACAUUGCAUCCCAUGCAUUCCUCCUAUGGGUAACCCUGAUAAACGCCAAUGUGAUUGUCUUCUGGCUGCUAUUCCAUAUCUACCAGGACCCGUCUCUUCUCGCCGCCAUCCGCGGGGAGGUGUCGCCCUUUGUUCAAGUCCAAGAUGGCCACACCGUCAAACUCGACCCGCCAGCCAUCCGGACACAAACGCCCCUGCUGCAGUCUGCCUUUUUGGAAACAAUGCGGCUCUAUACACAGAGCAAUAGCUUUAAGAAUGUCCAGGCGGAUUUCACGGUCUCGGAAUCCGAGAGCGACCAAUAUAUCCGCGAGUCCAGCCUCGACGGAUCGAAGGACCGUCAGGGGUAUCCUGCAUCACACUCGCAGAGGGUGUAUCAGCUCCAGAAGGGAGACAUGAUCUGCGUUCCAUUCGGUGUGCAUCAAUCCGACCCUCGAUACUGGGACCAUCCCGAGAAAUUCGACGGCCGACGGUUUCUCACGCAGGGAGGCAUUGCAGGAAAGACGGGCGCCAGACCGUUGGUGGACUACACACGUAUCAGCCCCUGGGGCUCAGGGGCAUCCCUGUGUAAAGGGCAGAAGCUCUCAUCUCGAGAAGUGCUCGAGAUUGCGGCUGCUAUCCUGGUCUGCUGGGACAUGGAGCCUGCUGGGACGACGGAAUGGGUGCAUCCAGGUCUUGCCAGGGCCGGGGGUACUGCAGUUCCCAAGGCAGAUUUCAGAGGUAGAUUACGGCGAAGGGUGCCUUGA